UUUUUUCGAUCCAUCACCAACUUGGCAUCACUUUUUUCGUGAACCCACAUUUGCUUUGUUUAUAUUCUAUUCCGAUUUGUGGUACGAUUGAAUUGAGUUAUGUCUGGGGGCUCUCUUAUAACAUUGAAAGAAGAAUCAAUUGAUGGCAAUGCUGCUGCUGCAGCAGCUGGUACCAACGCCAGCGUUCAGCAGCAAUCAUCGGCCUCAUCUCAGCAGAAUGGGGCUUCGGGUUCGGGUGGAACAGGAAGUGCUGGUGCUCCAGCAGAAGGAACUAGGCAAAAUAGUUUGCAGCGCAUACAACAGCGAAAGCAAAAAGUCUUUAAUUUACCAGUGGCUCAAAAAUUAGCUAAACUCUCGAUGUACUCGGCUUGCCAGGCUGAAGGAUGUCGCUGUACUGGUUGGAAGACGCCUCAGGAAAAUCGUCACCGUGAUGUUGAGUCGUCGUAUUGUCCGGAGUUUAGUGAGGAAUGUCGCAAUACUAGUUGUCGCCAUUCGCUGCAAAGUCAUAUUGCUCAUUUGGAUGGAAUUUCCGGAUCCGAAAUGAACAACUUACUGGGAGCUAUUAUUGAUAUGGAAAAUCUUUUCAUGUCUAUGCAACGCGUAGAUGACGAGGACACAAAAAAGGUGUAUCUCUAUCUAUUUCGAUUGUUGCGUCAAUGUGUCAUAACCAGGCAACAGGCUGUUAUCCGAGGACCUUUAGGGGAUCCCCCAUUUGAAUCACCCUGCAUUGCAAAAGCAGUUUAUUCAUUUGUAUUUUAUAAAUACAACCAUUUGAGUCCAAAUGAACUGCAAACCAUGACUGAAGUGGCAAAAACAUUUUUAAACUUUUUAAACCACUACAAUUUUGAACCACCGUCAAUGAGAAGAGCUGAUUUGAAAAAUGAUGAUGCCUCUACGUAUAAAAUCAACUAUACCAGAUGGUUAGUUUUCUGCCAUGUACCCGCCUUUUGUAAUUCACUCCGACAUUUUGAGACUUCAUUGGUUUUUGGUCGUACUCUACUGCGUACUGUUUUCCAGUAUAUGGCCCAACAACUGAAAAAGAAAUGUAUAUCGGAACGUGAUCGUUUUCCAGCCGAUAAACGAUCGAUAAUAACACAAAUGCCAAAAUUCUUAGAAGCUCUUAAGGGUGAGCUUCUAAAAGACGAUUCUCCCAUAUGGGAUCAAUCAUAUCGUCCUCCCACUGCCUUUUUACUACAACAGCGUAAACGUCAACAGGACACGGCUGCAACUGGUGCAGCUGGAAUAUCGAACAACAUUGUAUUGGCUGCUGCCAAAAGAACUAGUAUUAGUGGCGAACCUGUACAUAAAAGAGCUAAAAAAGAAAUUAUCGAACGUUCUGCUGGAGACACCACCACGUACGAAGAUCUUUCAGACGAAACAGUACUACGCGCUUUAAAGGCCAUUUCCGAGUCAAAGGCCAUUAACAAAACUGAAAUUUUAUUUCCGGUUAAUGUGUCGCGUGAUGAAAAUGUUAAAGCUGAGGAACAAAAACGUGCUAUUGAGUUUCAUGUUGUAGGCAAUUCGUUAACAAAACCUGUGGAUAAACAAACGAUACUCUGGCUUUUAGGAUUACAAAGUGUCUUCUCUCAUCAAUUGCCGGAAAUGCCUCGAGAGUAUAUCUCGCAGUUGGUGUUCGAUACGAAACACAAGACGCUGGCGCUUAUUAAAGAGAAUAUGCCCAUAGGCGGUAUUUGUUUCAGACCGUUUCCGGAUCAACAAUUUACGGAGAUUGUCUUCUGUGCGGUUACAAUGUCGGAACAGGUUAAAGGUUAUGGCACACAUCUCAUGAAUCAUCUAAAAGACUAUAGCAUUCAAAAGAAUAUACAGCACCUGCUGACUUAUGCCGAUUGUGAUGCGAUUGGCUAUUUUAAAAAGCAGGGAUUUUCCAAGGAUAUCAAAUUGGCGCGACCAGUAUAUGCCGGCUUUAUAAAAGAGUAUGACGGAGCUACUCUGAUGCACUGUGAAUUGCAUAAGAACAUUGUCAAUACACAAUUUAUAUCAGUAAUUAGACGCCAAAGUGAAAUUCUUAAAGAGCUAAUUGCACAACGCCAUAAUGAAGUGCAGAAAGUACGUCCUGGCUUGACAUGUUUCAAGGAAGGUCUCCCUUCCAUACCUGUGGAAUCAAUACCUGGAUUGCGUGAAAUUGGGUGGAAACCACAAAUGCGCGCUCAAAGAACAGCAAGACCUUUGGAAGAGUCUUCGGAUCCUGAAAAAUUGGCUGCCUCAUUUGCUGCCGUUUUACAAUCAGUACGCCACCAUGCCUCUGCUUGGCCAUUCCUAAAACCCGUUACAGCUGCCGAGGUUCCCGAUUAUUAUGAUCACAUUAAAUAUCCCAUGGAUUUGAAAACUAUGGGCGAACGGCUAAAAAAAGGCUAUUAUGUUACACGACGGCUUUUUAUGGCCGAUAUGGCUCGCAUAUUUUCCAAUUGUCGUUUUUACAACUCACCUGAAACUGAAUAUUAUCGUUGUGCUAACAAUUUAGAACGUUAUUUUCAGACUAAAAUGCGUGAAUUAGGUUUGUGGGAUAAAUGAUGUCGCGCUCUUUCUGCCAAUUUCGAACCCCCCAUUGAGAAGAUUGGAGACGACGAUGCCGACGGUGUCGAUGAUGGUAAGGACGAUGCUAAUAAACUCCCCAAGGAGGAACGUAGUGUAACAAACAAUUUAAUCAACUCUAAUACAAACAAUUCAUCCCAAACUACUCUUUUAAAUUCCACAUUUGAAAACACAUUUUUGAGCGGAAAUUUAGGUGUUUUUUCCUCUCUGCCAGAUGACAUAUUUACAAAUUAAAUGAAUUAACAAGAAAUUAACAUAUGGAUUCAUUUAUUUUCUUUUAAUUUGUUAUUUCCAAGAUAACAACAUUACAUUAAUGUUGUGUUUUUCUUUUCUUCUUUUUUCUAUUAUUUUUAAGAGUUUUUCAUUAUUUUGAACUGGCUUUGAAACAUGUUUUCAAUAUUAAUAAACACACAUUUAUCGAAUUAGUAUACAAAUUAAA